GUUGAAGCAACAUCUGUCACCAUCCUCAAGCUGUUUUAGGACUAUUUCAACGUGAAAUCUACGAUUAAGAUAACCAAGACAUUCAAAGCAUGGUUUACUGCCUUAAAGACUGCCGAUAAACAAGAUGGCGCUACAACCAUUGCGGAACGAGCAGCUAAACUAUUUCAAAUUCGCCGCGAUUGUAGUGAAUGAGUUCCCAAAGGCCUUACGCCAGACGCUCAAGUCCAUGUGGGACAACAGCUUGACACAUCUUUCCGGUCAUCAACUGUGGGAUGACUCCACUGCAUUGAGAAAUUUAUUUUUCGCUUCAGAAGGUAGCCCUAAAAAAAAGCAAAGCUCCCACAAAAGUCUCCUGGGAGGAAUGAGAUUGUACCGCCCUGUUCCACGCCACCAUCUACGCCAAGUCCUUUGCUUUACCCGACAGUAAGGGUCGUCUCAAGACACUUAGCGAGCUGUUCAUGAAAUCUCGAAAACUGGCACAUGGAGAGUUCCAUGCAUCGGUGACAAGCCCGAGUGGAAACAAGGCUGAAACGUUUUCACUUGCGAUUGAUCAGCUUCGACGUUUAAGAAAUUCGCUUUGUCACUCGCACACCUCUGAAAUUGUCAAAGCCACUUCCGAACGGUAUGUGCAGCACGCUGAAGAAGCUUUUAAAGCUCUUGGUGUCAAGACGGACCCCAUUGAUGCCAUUGGUGGUUUAACAGGGUCACAAUUUCGCACAAAUAAAGUUCGUAGACUAGAAGAACGUAUCAAAGAGGAAUAUCGAGCCUAUGUAAGUUUCCUUCAACAACAGCAACAACAUCUGGAGUGCAUGUACUCAGAUGUGAAAGCCUUAAAACGCAAAAUGGAAGUUAUGCCAACUAAAGACGACAUCGUCAAGAUUCUAGAACAAAUGAUCAAGAAUUUAAAACUAGCACCGGUUAAGAACAUGCCAGGUGAGCCAACUGAAGAUGCUUUACUGAACACGGACACUGUUGACCGGGUCAGGAAACUGGAGGACGUUCCCUGCUCACCGCCGAACCUUUUGGAGGAUGAAUAUAAAACCGCGGUUACACAAUUGAACUCAGGAGAUUCUGACUUGGCUCUUCAAUCUGCAAAAUGUGCGCUUGACAUUACGCAAAAUCUGUUUGGAGAAGAACACCGGAAAACGGCUGACCAUUACUUUCUGGUCGGGCUCAUAAAAGGUCAUCUAGGGAACCAUCCAUCAGCUUUUGAGUCUGCAAAGCGUGCCCUGGACAUAAGAAGAAAGUUGUUUGACAAGAUACACUCAGACACAGCUCGAAGUUACUAUUAUCUGGGGGCCAUUCAACAAACCUUAGGUGAUUAUAAAUUAGCUCUUGAGUCUACACAGCGUGCCCUGGAUAUCAGAAAAAAGUUGAUUGCCAAGAAGCACUCAGACAAAGCUCGAAGUUACCAUAAUCUGGAGGCCAUUCAACCUACCCGAGGUGAUUAUAAAUCACCCCUUGAGUGUACACAGCGUGCCGAAGAUAUCAGAAGAAUGUUGUUUGGCGAGGAACACUCAAGCACAACCCAAAGCCACGAUUCCCUGGGGGACACACAAUAUUUCUUAGGUGACUAUAAACCAUCUCUUGGGUCUACACAUCGUGCCCUUGACAUCAGGAAAAAGUUGUUUGACGAGGAAUACUCAGACAUAGGUCAAAGCUACGAUACUCUGGGGCCCAUACGACACUCCUUAGGUGAUUACAAAUCAGCCCUUAAGUCUACACAGCGUGCCGGUGACAUCAGAAAAGACUGAACGAUAGACUUUCUAUUUAACCUUAGUGUCAGGCUGUUAAAAAUGAAAAAUAAAAAAACCAUGAAAGUUUUAGAGGGUUGUGGGUUAAGGAAGAAACUUAUGAGGAGAGCGGAGCCCUUUCCAGUGUUUCGUGCCAUAAUGAACACGACCUUUUUCUUUCUUGAGCGCUGUGCAGGUAGCCUAAGCAUACUAAAAAAUUUCGUUAAAAUUGUUGUGCUUAUUCAUCGUGGUAAGGUACAAUAAUAAUAAAGUGUUAUCGUUCGUCUCACGAAACUGCAUACUGCUAGUCUUCAUCAGGCGAUAAGGUCGACUGGUUUCAGGUAUUCUUAGAAAGCAGGAUGCUGCGCUGUGAUUGGUUGUCAUUCCACAAGCGUUUCGAUCCUCGAUGUUUGUGAGUUGUUCUCUCGCCAGUCCGCCCGCUGUUGUACGGCUCCUGUUGUUGCGUUUUUUGAUCGUGGGCAUCCACGCUUCAGGAAUUUCUAUUCCACUGUCCCUGCUGAUGUUGUUAGGGUGAAGUGUUAUGUGAAUAGCCUCUUUGACCCUGCGAGUGUACCAGUGAAGAUCACGAUCAAUGAGCUUAACCUUAUUUCAAAGCAGUUGGUGUCCGGUGUUGUGAUUAGACCUUUACUUAACACA